AUGGAAGAACAGUCGUUGAAAAUUUUAGCUAAAAAACUAAUCAAAAGUCUUGUUAGAUUUGGUGGUGCACGUAAUGAAGAUAUUGUUACAUGGUUACACAAUGCUGAAGAAGUAUUUGAUCGAGCACAACUUCGACCAUCAAAUAAAUAUAUAGCUGUACAAUACUAUUUAACUCAUAUGGCUGAAAAAUGGUUUCGAUUGACUAAGCCAUCUAUUCCUGAUUGGUCCACAUUUAAACAUGAAAUUAUUAAAGCUUUUCAACCAACAUGUCAUCAAACAUUCUUAAAAAUGAAACAAUGUUGA